GGUGUGCGUGGUAUCGGCGCUUCGUUCCCUGGGGGCAGCGUCACGGUGUUGCAUCUGCUCCAUAGCUGUGUUCUCCGCCUCUCAGCGGUUGUUUUUCAAGCAGCGACGCGGUUAGAUGUUGUUUGUUCUCCUGACUGCCGCCUCCUACGCUCGCCGUUGCGCUGGCCGCGCUGCUCUGCAGCUGUGGAGAGCCGCUGCCCCGCGGAGCGGGCGGGGCUGAGGCAGCCGCAGGCCGGGCUCGCGGGCAGCGCGAGGCGGCGUCUAGCCCGCCAGGGCCUCGCGCCGCCUCAGGGCCGGAGCGGAGGCUGAGGGGCCGCGGACAAGCGGCCCCUGCAGGGCGGGAGCGGCUUCCCCUCGGGGCGGCGCCGGGCCCUGGGAGCGAGCGGCGGCCGCGGGAAGGCAGGGAAGAGUGCGGGACCCCUCCCCGGCUACUACGGGCCUGGCGAUGCGGGGCGGCUGCGGGCCGGGUAAACGCGCCGAGGCCGUCUGCGACGCUUCAGUGAUACAGGAUGCUGUUUCCUUUGGUAUUGUGUGCAGUUGUGCUAAUAGGGAGUAGUAAAGUUCAAGAUGAUGACUGGAUUGACCCCACGGAUAUGCUCAAUUACGAUGCAGCAUCAGGAACAAUGAGAAGACCUUACAAGGCAAACUAUCAUGACUCUGAGGAUAAGACUGUGGAUACAGUCAAUGCUGCAAUCUUAUCGAGUUGUUCCAGGGAAGUAGAUUCCUUGCAACAGAAGAUUGCAGAAUGUGAGAAGAGGAAUGCCAAAUCACAUGAAAGCCGUAGCUUUUAUAUUUUUAAGCGAUACUUGAAUAAGAUUUUAAAUGAAGCUAGAAAACUUGGCCUUCCUGAGGAAGAUGUGGGUCAUGUCCAUUACGAUGCUGAGAUCAUCCUUACAAAACAGACGUAUUUGGAGAUCCUCAGGUUUCUCAAUGAGGAAACUUGGCAGUCAGGCGCUGUGGAUGAUGCACUUAGUGAUAUUCUGAUCAAUUUUAAGCACCAUGAUUAUAAUGCUUGGCAUUGGAGAUUUGAAGACACUUUUGGAAUUGAUCUAUAUAAUAUGUUUCUGAUACUCUUGUGCUUAGUGUGCAUUGUAAUUGUAAUAGCUACAGAGCUCUGGACACAUAUUCAUUGGUUUGUUCAGCUAAAACGCGUUUUAUUAAUCAGUUUUCUCAUCAGUUUUGCAUGGAAUUGGCUUUACUUGUAUAAGCUGGCCUUUGCACAGCAUCAAGCAGAAAUUGCAAAAAUGGGGCAGUUUGAUAACAUCUGUGCUGAGAAGUUGGACUGGGGAGAAAGUCUUAUAGAGUGGCUGAGAAGUAAAUGGACGUUUCAGGACGAUCCCUGUCAGAAGUACUAUGAAACUCUACUAGUAAAUCCUGUUCUGCUGGUUCCACCAACAAAGGCAUUGGCAAUUACUUUCACCAACUUUGUAACUGAGCCUUUGAAGCACGUGGGACAAGGUAUUGGUGAAUUCAUCAAGGCCCUUAUGAAGGAGAUACCGUUCAUUCUGCAGGUUCCGGUGCUAAUUAUGAUGGCCCUGGCUGUCCUGGCUUUCUGCUAUGGGGCAGGAUCAUCGGUGUCUGUGUUAAGAUACCUAACAUCUUUUCAGAAGAAAAGUCUUCCUCCACCUCACAGUCAGCCGGAGAAAAUAGACAUUGGGCAAUAUGACGGGAGUAAAUCAGAUGGCUAUUAUUCGCAGAAGCUUCCUUACGUUUAUAGAGGACCUUACGACAGAGGAGAUGCUCCUAUGAGACCAGGAGAUGGCAGCAGAAGUCCUGACGCUGUGCACAGCAGCGAGCCAGACACGCAAGUAGAAGAGUCUCACAAACCAGAACCUGGUAAUAGAUUGUACACUGAGUCUGAAGUCUGUAGACUAGAAACUAUCACAGCUGAAAACCUUACUGAAGAACAUGCACUUAAGCAGCAGAAACAGGAGACGGACAAAGCAGAGCGAGAGACUGGAGAAAACUGUGACCCCAGUAAAAACCUAGAAGGGAAAAGUUCUGUGGUGGAACUGUGUGAAGAGAAGACAGAGAGCAACUCACGUGGCUCACAGGAAGGAGACUAAGGAAGCCCCAAACUGCUGUGGAGUAGAGGAUGUUGCCACUGAAGCAGCUGAGAAUCUGUUCUUCUCCUGGAAGUAGCAUCUCUGAUCAUCCAUCCUGUUGCUCUGGAACCGACUCAGCAGAUCAAAGAACCCUUCAUCUGCCAUUGUCUCUCGACUGUUUUUCUGAAGAGGAGAGAAGAGUUAGGGGUAUUUUGAACUGAAGAGUACCUAAAACUAGGACAACUGUACCACAGUUUCAAUCCAGUAAUAUGUUUGAUAUUUGCAUAGCUGAAAUCUAUUAAUUUUUUUUAGUCAUCCAUUUCUAUAGACAGAUUUGUCCUAAGAGGAAAUGCUAACAAUAUUGCAAGCAUUUUUGGAAGGUAAAAUACAUUAGAACCGUUUCAUUCUCCAAACCGGAAAGAAACACUCCUCUGAGCAGUACAGCUGGAGUUAUUCCUCCUGAACCCUGAAUCCACCAAAACCCCAAAUGACCA